AAAGGAUAAUUUAUUCUCUUUCUAGAAAUAAUCUUAUUUUAAUUUAUUCAUUUUUGACUUUUUUUCUCUCUCUCUCUUCCUUAAAUAAAAAGCCUCCCUCCAUAGAUUUCUUCACCAGUCUUCUUCUUCUUCUGCCUCCAAACUCUCUCUUUCUCUCUCGAGAACCUUAAGAAAACGUUACAAAUGGCUGUUGAAGCAAGACACAUGAAUCUCUUCUCUUCUCAAUACAUUACCAACAGGUAAAUUUCAUUCUCUUCACGAUUCGGUUUCGGUGAUUUUUUUUUUGCAGUUGUAUUGAUUUUUUUUGUUACAUUUCUUUUCUUCCAGAGAAUGUGUUAAAUCUCAAACGAAUAUGAACAACGGACAACAAAUCGCCGGCGGUGGUUUUCCGGUAACAAUCGGUGAUCGGAAUUUACAGUACAUAGAUCCGAUUAACAGCUUCAACAAAUCAGAAAGCGAGCUCACAGCUAUUUCAAAACGUCAGAGAGAUUCAACGUUUGAUUCAGACGCUUUAAUCGCAUCUCAGAAACGCAGAGCAAUCGCGUUUUCUCCGGCGUCAUUAAUCGACGCAGAGUUAGUUUCACAGAUCCAACAGCAAAACUCAGAAAUCGAUAGAUUCGUAGCGCAACAAACGGAAACGUUGAGAAUCGAAUUAGAAGCGAGACAAAGAACGCAAACGCGGAUGUUAGCGUCAGCGGUACAAAACGCGAUAUUGAAAAAGCUGAAAGCGAAAGACGAAGAGAUUAUAAGAAUGGGGAAAUUAAACUGGGUUUUACAAGAACGUGUGAAGAAUCUCUACGUAGAGAAUCAGAUCUGGCGUGAUUUAGCACAAACUAAUGAAGCUACUGCGAAUAAUCUCAGAUCAAAUCUCGAACAAGUUUUGGCUCAAGUUGAUGAUUUAGAUGCGUUUCGUCGUCCUUUGGUUGAAGAAGCUGAUGAUGCAGAAUCUAGCUGUGGAAGCUGUGACGGAGGUGAUGUAACGGCGGUUGUUAACGGAGGAUGUAAACGGUGCGGUGAGUUAACGGCGAGUGUGUUGGUGUUGCCUUGUCGUCAUUUGUGUUUGUGUACGGUUUGUGGAUCGUCGGCUUUGUUGCGGACGUGUCCUGUAUGUGAUAUGGUCAUGACUGCUAGUGUACAUGUUAACAUGUCAUCAUGACCAUUUUUUUCGUUUUUAAAUUUAUUUUGAAGUUAAAUUUUUUAGUUUUAUUGUUUUGAUUUGAGGAUUAAAGAGUAAAAAUUAGGUGAAAAACAAAAGAAGAAGAAAUGUGACUCUUUUUUGACUUUUUUUGGAGACUUAUAAAGAUGGAUUUGAUUCAUUAUUUGUUUGUAGUUUUUGUAUAUUUCUUAUUUUGGUAAUGACAAUUUGUUUUCCUUC